AAGCUUAGUGAUUCCUUUCCCCGUGCUAUAAAAGCAGGGGAGACCAAGAUCUGCUCAUUAUUUGGUUUGUAGUAAUAUACUACAGACCAAUCACGGUACAGAUGGGCUAACAAAGUCCUUCGUCUGUUUUGCGGCGGUUUCUAGUGAAUUUCUUUAGUUGUUUACCUCAAGGGAAGCGGUUCUCGUGAGCUCUUUGGUUGCUUUUUCUUUCAAAAGCCUUGUGGACUCCAAAUGCAAGACCAAAAUAAGUUAGCAUCACGGGCCUAGACGUGUUCACCGAGAAAAGAUUCCAGAUUGUCCACCCGUCUUCGCAUAGCUUGGACGUACCAGUGGUCACCCGGACUGACUAUCUCUUGGUGGACAUUGGCCAGUACAUGUCUCUGAUGGACGAUAAAGGUCACCUGCGUGCUGACCUCAAAGCUCCUGACGACGAACAUGGUCAGCUGAUGAGAGACAAAAUUGCGGGAAACACGGACGAGAGUAUUCUGGUCACCGUGCUAUCUGCAAUGGGAGAGGAGAUUGUGGUUGGAGUAAAAACGGACAAGAACUAAACUCUCAACCCAUUGAGCCCUCUCUGGCCACGCUGACUACUGAGUCACUGUCUCUUCCGUGUUGUCUGUUCCGGCCCCGCCCCUGGCAUAACCUUUAACCUUUCGCCAUACGUGCACGUUUUGUCACAAAAGUUGUACGCGAAACACUGGCGACCAGCACUAGUGUGGUGUGAAAAAGGCAAAAAAAUAGAAGAAAGAAAGAAACAAUCCAAAAGCAUUCGUGGAUGUUGAAACAAAUUAAAAUGGAGCAGCAAAUAGUGUAGAAACCUUUUCGGGUAGAAAAAGCAAACUCUGUAGAUUGACAUAUCAGCUUGUAAAAAAAAUAUGUAUCCAGAAGAACAACAAAAACCCACCAUGCCUUCCUUCGAUGUUAUCCGAACCCGAAAACUCAGAAUUACUAGGUAGAAAUAUCUUCUCUGCGAGAAAGAUGGUAGAAUCAAAUCGUCAAUACACUCUUCCAGCCAGCAUUCAGGAAGGAUACUCUGUUUAUGAAAUGGAAAUACAAUUUGUCAGGCAAUUCAGUCCCGUCUGACAAUGUUAACUGCGAUUUAAAAAAUACUCAUUGACAGAAAAAGAUUACUUAAAUUUCCCAGAUAAAAGUUAUUAUUAACAUGUUCAGUUUUGUAUUUUCUAUACUAUCUUAUACGUGGAUACUCUUUGGCAACUGUUAGCUGCUGAAAUAUUGUUUCCUCCUCACUAAGUUAGUGUAUUAUACCCACGGAUGCCUGCUUACUUUUUUCAAAACUUGAAAGCUAAAUGUACUCAUAGAAGUUUUGGCUGUAAAUGAAUGUGCAUUGAGGCUAGAUCAAUAAAGUUGUGUAAUUCCCCCAUGA